GUCUAAAACAGGCACUGGAAACUGUAAAUGACUACAAUCCACUGAUGAAAGACUUUCCUUUGAAUGAUUUGUUGUCUGCUACUGAACUGGACAAAAUAAGACAGGCACUUGUGGCAAUAUUCACCCAUCUGAGAAAAAUCAGAAAUACAAAGUACCCCAUUCAAAGGGCACUGCGUCUAGUGGAAGCCAUUUCAAGAGACCUGAGUUCUCAGCUACUUAAAGUAUUGGGAACCAGAAAACUGAUGCAUGUUGCCUAUGAAGAGUUUGAAAAGGUUAUGGUUGCAUGUUUUGAAGUCUUCCAAACUUGGGAUGAUGAAUAUGAGAAACUACAAGUGUUGCUGAGAGACAUUGUGAAGAGAAAGAGAGAAGAGAAUCUGAAGAUGGUGUGGCGUAUCAAUCCUGCUCACAGGAAACUGCAAGCUCGUCUUGAUCAAAUGAGGAAGUUCAGGCGUCAGCAUGAGCAGCUGAGAGCAGUUAUUGUGAGAGUCUUAAGACCUCAGGUCACAGCUGUUGCCCAGCAGAAUCAAGGAGAUGUACCUGAACCCCAGGAUAUGAAGGUA